AUGAAAAAAGAAGUCGUCACGAAAAACGGCCUGCGAGUUACCAAGCGAGAUGUGCAUCUCGUUGACGAAUCAGGGACCAUGAUGAAACUCACGCUCUGGAAAGACCAAGCUCUGAAGAUCAAUCCACAAAUGUUCAGCGGCAAAGUUGUGCACGGAAAGCGACUGAUCGUCAAGAAGACCGAGAACGGAUUCAUUUCAUUGACCAUGAACAAUCACAGCUACUUCAUACCGAUCAGCGGCAUGGAAAACGAACAAGUGGAUAAACUGUGGAGUUGGUACACCAACGAAAGAUCAUCUGUCACCAUCGUGGAACAGAGUUUCCAACCAAUUGCGGUGCCGAAACCUCUUCACGACGUCCAAACCGUUGAAGGACUCUUCGCAUCCAAAGCAACCAUUCUCUCAAUCGAUCUUGACAAUACGUUCUACAAGGGAUGUCCUGAAUGCCAAAAAAGGUCACGGAGCGGAUGCGAAAAGACGCUCGAGCAAUUCAGUUGGAUCGUGAAGCUGCAGGUCAACCUCGGCGAUGGCGACACGAGUCUGCAUGCUGUAGUCUUCAGCUCUGUUGGGGAAAGACUAAUCGAGAUGGAUGGUAACGCUCUUGCCAACAUGAAGCAAUCCGACAUCUUUGAACACGAUAAACUCAUCGAACGAUUGGUUGGAAUGGAGAGGGAAUGGUUCAUCAGAACCAAAAAGAGCUCGUUCAACAACAAACUCGAACAUGUCAUCACUGGUUGGUAG